GUAGAUUGUAUUCCAUCUCUAUUUUAUCUGCCCAGCGUUUAUUGGCUUUUGUUGGCGUGGAAAAGUGAAAAUAUAAUUGACAAAAAGCCUUUUAAAGUUCCGCACUAUGAAUUCACUGGGUCCUAAGAAGGACGGAAGUCCGAAUAUAGACUUUUUUCAGUCGCCGGAGACGUUGCAGGGCUUCGAAUCUAUUCGGCAGUGGCUGCAGAAGAAUUGCAAGAAGUACUUGGCCCACAGCUCGGAACCCAUCACGAAGGAGUCCUUAGCCCAACUGCUCAUCCAUUUUCUUCAAUAUGUGGAAGCGAAGUUGGGAAAGAAUUCAGCAGAGCCACCGGCGACCAGAAUUCCGAUGCGCUGCUUUCUAGACUUCAAGAGCGGCGGAGGCCUGUGCAUCAUCUUUUCGACCAUGUUCCGUUUUCGGGCCGAGCAACGCGGGAAGAAGUUCGAUUUCUCUAUUGGCAAGAAUCCUACGCGUAAGGAUCCCAACAUUCAGCUGCUGAUUGAGAUCGAGCAAGCGCUGGUGGAGGCCGAUUUGUAUCGCAUACCGUAUAUCUACAUCCGACCGGAGAUCGAGAAGGGCUUCGAAGGAAAACUGCGCGAGAUUCUCGACAACCGACGGGUUGAGAUAGUCUCAGACGAGGAGGAUGCCACCCAUAUUGUCUAUCCUGUCGUGGAUCCUCAUCCAGAUGAAUAUGCUCGUCCAAUUUUUAAGCGUGGCGGCCAUGUGAUGUUGCACUGGUACUAUUUCCCGGAGUCCUAUGAUUCUUGGGCUGUUAACAACUUCGAUUUGCCGGAUCACAUUCCGGAGAAUCCCGAGUCCCCGGCGGAGCGCUGGAGAGUAUCUGCCUCCUGGAUCGUGGAUCUGGAACAGUACAAUGAGUGGAUGGCUGAGGAGGACUACGAGGUGGACGAGCAAGGAAAGAAGAAAACGCACAAGCAGCGCAUGUCCAUUGACGACAUCAUGUCCUUCGGCGACGAAAAAAAGAAGCCUGCUGCCAGCUCUGGGGGCGGUAAGCAAAAGAGGCGCCGUUCACCUUCGCCAGCCACAUCAACGUCCACCUCGAAGCCGGGAAAACGUAAGAGAUCCCCUGCUGUGGUGCACAAGAAGUCGCGAAAUGAAGAUGACGACGAAGAUCUGACCCGCGAUCUAGAUGAUCCGCCGGUCGAACCAAACGUCCAGGAGGUGCAUAAGGCCAACGCCGCCCUACAGUCCACAGCCAGUCCAGCUCCGGGCGGAAAGUCCCGUGGGGACAACGACAUGAUGCCUAUUAAGGGUGGCACUAUGACCGAUUUAGAUGAUGAAAUGACAGGAGGAAGCGCUGCUCAAGCCAUGUCUACUGGAGAUGGAGAUAACUCGCAGACAGGCAAGACCAGUGAUAAUAGCAACACUCAAGAAUUCUCUUCAUCUGCCAAAGAGGAUAUGGAGGAUAAUGUUACUGAGCAGACGCACCAUAUUAUUGUGCCCUCUUACUCAGCUUGGUUUGAUUACAACUCCAUUCAUGUGAUCGAGAAACGUGCUAUGCCGGAAUUCUUCAACAGCAAGAAUAAGUCCAAGACGCCAGAGAUCUACAUGGCUUACAGAAACUUUAUGAUAGACACCUACAGGCUCAAUCCGACGGAGUACUUAACAAGCACCGCCUGCAGGCGCAACCUCGCCGGAGAUGUGUGCGCCAUCAUGCGGGUGCAUGCCUUCUUGGAGCAGUGGGGCCUGAUUAACUAUCAGAUCGAUGCAGAUCUGCGACCCACUCCAAUGGGGCCGCCUCCAACGUCGCACUUCCACAUUCUUUCGGACACACCGUCAGGCUUACAGUCUAUAAAUCCUCAAAAGACGCAGCAGCCGUCGGCGGCAAAGACGCUGUUAGAUUUGGACAAGAAGCCGUUGGGCAAGGAUGGUGGCUUGGAGCUCGGAGAUAAAGGUGGUCUGGCUGGUAUUAAGACAGAGGCUUUGGAGAACGGUGGGUCUGCCGGUGGAUUAAGUUCUGGGGUAAGCCAGUUUGGUUUAAAGCUAGAUCAAUACGCCAAGAAGCCGGCGGCUAUGAGAAACCGAACGGCGGCCAGCAUGGCUCGGGAGUGGACCGAUCAGGAAACACUGCUGCUGCUCGAAGGCCUAGAGAUGCACAAGGACGAUUGGAACAAAGUGUGCGAGCACGUAGGCUCUCGCACCCAAGACGAAUGCAUCCUGCAUUUCCUUCGGCUUCCCAUUGAGGACCCCUAUCUUGAGGAUGAUGGUGGCUUCCUAGGUCCCUUGGGAUGUCAACCCAUUCCUUUUAGCAAGAGCGGCAAUCCAAUUAUGUCCACCGUGGCAUUCCUCGCAUCUGUGGUCGAUCCUCGAGUGGCUGCUGCUGCUGCCAAGGCUGCCAUGGAAGAAUUUGCAGCCAUUAAGGAUGAGGUGCCCGCUACGAUUAUGGAUAACCACAUGAAAAACGUGGAGAAGGCCUCCGCAGGCGGUAAAUUCAAUCCAAACUUUGGAUUGGCCAACAGUGGGAUAGCAGGAACCGGAAACGACAAGGAGGAUGAGGAGGGCAAGGAAGGAGGCGCCUCUGCGUCCGCUGGCGGCUCUGAUGAGGAAAUGAAGGAUCUGAACAAAAAAGACGACGAUGCCAAGUCCAAAGACAAAACAAAAUCGGAUAAAACCGACACGAACACAGACUCGAGUUCCACAUCAUCAUCAGCGACAGGCAACACCAACAACACCGACAAGAAAUCAAAGGAGUCGUCCGGCUCCUCGCCUUUGGGCGACAAGUCAGCCACCAAGUCAGACAAAUCAAACAAAUCCUCACCCACAGAAACAGCAGCAUCCGCCAGUGGAGGCGAUGUGGACAUCAAAACGGAGGACAGCAGUGGCGAUGGCGAGACGAAGGACGGCACCGAGGCUAAGGAGGGAUCGGGACCUGGCACAGGACCAGGAGCUGUGGCCAAGGAUGGAACGUUUAGUGAGAACAAUAUGCAGACGGCAGCAGCGGCAGCCUUAGCAUCGGCAGCCGUUAAGGCAAAACACCUGGCUGCCCUGGAAGAGCGCAAAAUCAAGUCACUGGUUGCGCUGCUUGUCGAGACACAGAUGAAGAAGCUCGAAAUCAAGUUGCGUCACUUUGAGGAGCUAGAGGCCACCAUGGAGCGAGAGCGCGAAGGGUUGGAGUAUCAGCGACAGCAGCUGAUCACAGAGCGCCAGCAGUUCCACCUGGAGCAGCUGAAGGCGGCCGAGUUCCGGGCGCGGCAGCAAGCGCAUCACCGCCUCCAGCAGGAGCUUCAAGGUCAAGCGGCCGCUGGGUCCAUGAUAUUGCAACAGCAACAUCAGUUACCACAACCACAACAACAGCAGCCGCAGCAGCAACAGCAAUCAUUGCCACCGCAUCCACACCUGCCGCAGCAGCAACAACUGCCUCCACAUCCGCACCAGUUGCCGCCGCAGUCACAACCGCUGGCGGGUCCCACUGCCCAACACCAGCCGCUGCCACCGCACAUAGCCGGAUCCGUAGCUCCGCCGCCCAACGGUGCUCCCUUUGCAGCGCCGCCCAUUGCUCUCGCCGGUGGACCACCGCCUGGCGCUCCCACGGCUAUCGUUACGAAUCCAAGCGACCAAUCCGGACCAGCAGCAGCGGGAGCGGCGCAAUCUCAGGCACCGACACCAAUGGAUACUACCCCGCCGAGCAGCGGUCCAGUGUCAGAUGGCGGCGGACCACCGGGAUCAGCGAUGGCUCCAUCAGGCAGCAUUCCUCCAGCGAGCACUGCUCCCGUCGCCGGUGUAGCUCCUCCUUCUUAACUCUUACUUUUAAGUCAGAAAACGUUAAAGUAACUAGCUCUAAGUCGUACGCUCUCAGUAUGUAUUAUGUAUACUCCACUCUAAGCCCAAAUCUUGUGUUUAAUCUGAGAAGAUGCCCUACAUCUUGACGCGUCUCCAGUUUUGUGUAAGUUUCGUUUCCUGUCCGGUCGCGUUAAUAAGCAAUUGCACAAAUAUUUUGAACCAAGUUUCAAAGCCACAAAAAUGGCAUUCAAUAAAAAUCUAUUUAAACAAAAAAAA